AUGGCUGAUGAUGUGAACUGGGUGGUUGGUGAGGGGACGGGGGAUGCUAAAAACAUAUUAAAUUGGUCGUAUUUGGUCUUGUGUAAUCUGCAUGACCCUCUAAAGCCAGAUGUUUCUGGUGGAAAAUGUGAACAUAAACAACAUCUCAGUGCCUUGGUGUGUUGGACCUCAUCUCUUUCCCCAGAUGAGGUCCGGCCUGCGGCCUCUGGCGGCGGCUCGUCUCGCAGCGCCAGCCGCAGGAAGAGGACCAGCUUCUCCAAAGAACAUGUCGAGCUUCUGCGCGCCACCUUCGAAACCGACCCGUACCCCGGCAUCAGCCUCCGGGAGAACCUGUCCCAGACCACUGGCUUACCAGAGUCACGCAUCCAGGUUUGGUUCCAGAACCGUAGGGCCCGCACCCUGAAAUGUAAAGAAGCAAAAAAGGCUCUGUGGCUGUCCAGCAGCCCCCAUCAUGAUGCUUUCUCUUCACCUCCAAGCGUCGGCAGCAGCGGGUCAUCGGCACCGCCGAUGCCUUGGGGGCCACCGCCCACCUACCCAGCACCCGUCAAACAGGAAAUGGACAAAGCCACCUACUACAGUCAAUGUCCUCCUAGUUACUCUCCCCCUGAACAAUACAGAUCCUUAUUUGGGCUUCAGAGUAGCCGCACCAGAGAGUCCAGUCCACCCAUGUGGGGCAUGCGGCCCCAGCCCGGCACCCAAACCUCUCCUGUCCCCCCUGUGUGGUGCAAAACGUUGGAGAUGAUGAGCUUCGCCGCCAACGGGUCAAACGUCUCGUACCCGGAGCAGCAGAUGUACAGCAACUCCUCCUCCAGCUCCCUGUCCUCCACUCCAAACACGCCGGACUCUGGGUACUGGGACGCCAGCGCCAGGAACAACCCUCAGCUGGGAGGUCCGUACUCUCAGCUGGAGAGGUUUUGGACCGGGACGGUUCCGGAGGAGAGCAGCGAGCCGCAGCACCAGAGGGCGGCCCAGCAGGCCUUGCUUCCUGUUCUGUCCCUGCAGGACAUCCUGGGGGAGUUAGACGAAAACUGGUUGGAAGGAGAAACUCUGGAGGGUUGUUGAUGCUGGAUCAGUUCAGAUUUUUGGACAUUUGGACAUUUAUUUAUAGCUGCAGUGUGUAACCUUUAUGAAACA